AUGGCAGAUUUUGAUAUCUGGGACCACAUGUUCCUGAGAAGCUACUGCGGGGGUCUUACUCUUCACCAAUUUGCUGAGCCUCCGUCCAUGGUCCUGGAUGUUGGGUGUGGGAAUGGCUAUUGGGCGAUUGAAGCCGCGAAGGAAUGGACAAAUUCCAAAAUUACCGGGCUUGAUUUGGUCGAUAUUCAACCCCGUUUACACGCUAUCGAACCGUUCCAACACCUCUCGGCGCGCGUUACAUGGGUCCACAGCAACCUCUUGGAAGGUCUUCCAUUCCCAUCCGACCAUUUUGAUUUCGUUAGAGUCGCGGGGCUGGGGUUGGCCGUUCCAGAAGAUGAAUGGCCGCUGUUACUUGAGGAGAUACAUCGCGUGAUGAAGCCGGGGGCCUUUUUAGAGAUUACAGAGGAAGAUCUUAUUUUCCCUUCCGCCUCGACCUUGUUACAGUCGUCCGAAUUCGCCUCGCCGCCUUCUCCGAGCCACCACCUCCCUGUUGCUGAUAUGUUCAAGAGUCGAUCGUCUACAUUGUACGAGCGCUCUAGCUCAUCUCCAGAACGCUCAACCCUAUCCUCCACAUCAGCCUCUACCCAAGACGGCAAUUUUUCGGCCAGAUUCUCGGUAUUCCUGCAUGGCCAUGGGCAUACGAUGACCUCAAGGCAUUCUUCUACCAGCACACUAAACGUCCAGUCGCCUCCUCUAACGGAUCCGCUAAACGACACGGAACAUCCACAAGAUCACACACGUCUCAAGGUGGCAUGGGAGGGAAUGCUUUCGACACGUUUUCUGUCCAGCAAGAUAAUCUCCGUGAUCCCGUUUUAUUUGACGUCAUCGUCGUUUGUUAAUACCAAAGCUCAUCCUCCAUUAAUGGUGCCUCUGCCUCCAAACUCUGGCUCGCUUCCAACUCUCAAAGCGUGUCGUUCGAUGGGAUCACUGCUGGACAAGGAUAGAAGUGAUCAGUUCUUUCUCGACAAUAUGUUUGACCUUGCACCUUCACCCUUGGUCAAAUCUUCCAAGACAGAUCCGUGGACGACUCGUGCUCCUCUUUCUUCGACAUCUCGACUGAGCGCCCCUGCUUGGGGCACCAUGCAUCUCUCGAAAAAGAUGAGCACUAUCCGAGGUUGCAAGGAAGCAAUAUGGGAAGAAUAUAGGGAACGUUACUCUCGAGACGUGUCGCAGAUUCUCCUCCGAACGGCGCCGAAUGAUGAGGAUUAUUCGCUCCAAACUCAGAAGUAUAUCGUGCGGAGAGCAUUCGAAGUAGAUUGGAAGAACUGGGAGCUUGACAUGCUGGACCGUAUGGCCAUGCGUAGCAAUCUUUUGGUGCAUGCAGGAUGGUCGCGGACUUUCUCCGAAGCCGAUUCUCCUGAAUGGGCGACCUGGAGAGACAGUCUAAAUCGCAAGUCUGGCGCCGAGCCCAAAAGCGGGCAUCUGGUGACAGGGUACAACCCAGACGAUUUAUGUCGAUCUCUUCGGACUUUUACAGGUUUCAAGGCGUAG